CGGUGAGCCAAUGGUGAUGAAGCCCCACCUGAUCGGACUACACCUCUCGCUCUUCACCGCAAUCCAGACAUCAACCAUGGCCUGAUCACCCUGCUUGAUUUCAUCAGUUACGCUGCCUCGUUCCCUCUUUUGGCAUGGCCCUUGAGCCAGGUUGUGACAUAAUGCAUUGACUCAUUUGCAGUAGAGAGAAAUUGAUAGAAAGCCAACAAGGGGAAAACGGAGAUAGAGACGGGCUAAAGUGGACAGAUUGAGUAAAAUAACAGAUUGAGUGAGGAAGACUUCUUUCAGAGAAUAUGCCGGAAGGCCGACUGGCUGAAAGGGGAGAUCCAGAUCUGCUGGUCCGACUGGAAAGGCCACAGAGGGUGUGGUCUGCCACGAAGAGGAUGUCAGGUGCGGUGAAAGACAAACAAAAAACAGAAGAGAAGAGAGAAGAGAAGAGAAGGAAAGGGGAAAUACCGGAAUAAAAAAAACACAAAGAGCAGUAAAAGCAGUUUUCUGGGGUCCGGCGCUGACUCGACUGAAACGAGACCAUUUUGUGGAUCCAAUACUUAUAAAUCAGGACUACAAAACUGCAGGAAUAAAGAUGUCAGAGGUCCCUAAUAUUGAACUCUUUGUUAAGGCCAGUGUUGAUGCUGACAGUGUGGGGAACUGUCCUUUCUCUCAAAGACUCUUCAUGAUUCUUUGGUUAAAAGGGAUCAAAUUCCGCCUCACAACUGUGGACAUGAAGAGGGCACCUGACGUGCUGAAGACUCUGGCUCCGGGCUCUCAGCCUCCGUUCCUCCUCUACAACGAAGAGGUCAAAACAGACACUAACAAGAUUGAGGAGUUCCUGGAAGAGAAGUUAGCCCCACCGGAGUAUCCAAAGUUAUGCUGCAGAUACAAAGAGUCCAUCGGUGCCGGAGAUGACAUCUUCCGGAAUUUCUCAGCAUAUGUAAAAAAUCCUAAUCCUGCAUUUAAUGAGCGGAUAGAGAAAAAAUUUCUUUCAACUCUGGUUAAGCUGAACAUGUACCUGGAGACUCCUCUCCCCUACGAGCUGGACCAGAAGCCAAAUGCCACGGAGUCCUCACGCCUCUACCUGGACGGUGACACCCUCACCUUGGCAGACUGCAACUUGCUGCCCAAACUCAACAUCGUCAAGGUGGUGUGCAAGCAGUACCGCGACUUUGACAUCCCCAAAGAGCUGAGGGGUCUGACACGUUACCUGAGCAACGCCUACAAAAGAGAUGAGUUUCGUCACACCUGCCCUCGUGACUCUGAGAUCCUCAUCGCCUACCAAGCUGUCGCAAAGUACCUGAACAAAUAACGCAUCAAGAGGGAGAGAGGAAGCAGUGGAAGUGAGGACCAAGAAGAGUAGAGCGAGAAACGUGGAGAACCACAGAGAAAAGUUGACAAACUGUAGGGGAGAACGGGGGUGAAUUGUGAAUUGCGCAUUAACAGUCAUUAAAUUGAAGCUUAAGGUGUUGGCUUGAAACGUGUAUCCCUCCCAUUUACCUUCCUUAAUGUAACAAAAAGGUGAUUAACUUUCAAAGACACGCUGACACAUUAUGACAACCAUGACGAGGAUGGUUAUCACACUGGGGGGGUUGGUUGUCACAAAGAUAUUACAAUGGUAAGGGAGAACUACAUUUGAAGUAGAAUUGCAUUGAUGAGUUGACAAACACAUGACUCAAUAUUAUUUGACAUAAAGAAAACCAACACUCCGACUUUAGCCGUCUUACUCCAUAGAAGACUAUGUACGCAAGCUCUGAUUCCAAUCCCGGACAAUUCCAAACCAACAUUUGAGAAAAGGCGCCUUUUGGUGGCGAGAUAUAAUGAAAGUGACAGCCAACCCACGCGCUCCACUACGGGAUGUAUCUCUGGUUUGUGUCUAGAUGAGAGUCUGGAUAGUGAAGGCUGAUUGGUGUUUAAUGUCAUGUUCAACAAUUAACAUUCUUUAAAAAGUAUUAUUUUCAUCAAUUGGGUUUUAAUUUGCCAACUGCUCCUUCAAAGCUGCUUACACCUUGUAUAUCUACUGUUACUGCAAACUCUAACUGUACUGCUUUAUUUAACCCCAAGAGUACGAAAGCAGUGUAAAUCCCUGAGAUUGUUCAUAUCGUAUCUUGUUGUGCGUGCAUAUUUUGCGUCCAAGCAAAUGCAUGAUGUUGAUUGCAAUUUAUUGAUGACAUGUUGACAUUAAAUCCUACAUGACUUAAGAUGACAUAUCUUAUGUUUAAAAUGACUGCUGUAGAAAAUUCUAAACAGCUGUGGCUGUACAUAAGGCAGAUUUAGAAGCUAUUCUUUGCUUUCAAAGUGUCUUUUAAUGGUAUGUUCUUGAACAAGAAACAUUAUUUCUCUUCCUGAAAGUGAGUUCACACCCUUAAUUUUUUUCAGUCCAUCCUGUUUUUACCAUUUUGAGUGUGUAAAUGACAAUGUACAGUACUGGUACUUUUUGCUGGUGCUGUAUCUCAGUAUAGACACAGUUAUGUUUAACAUUGACAUACAUUGAAUCUAGGUCAAUUACAUGAGGAGGAAGAGAAAAGUUGGUUGUAUGAAUACUCUUGAAUGCAAAAACAAUGUACAUGUAAAUGUGAGGAAGUGUGCAAUAUUAUGUGUUUAAGAAUAGUAAGUAAGGAAUGCAAUAAAAAAGCUUUUAAAAUUA